AUGGCACUCCCUUCGGAAUCGAGGAAUGCAAUAGUCGUCCAAGGAUGCGGGACGGCAAAGGUGGUUUCUGUUCCUACACCCAACUUGUCACCAACAAAUGUUCUUGUUAAAACGGCAUGUGUUGGCUUGAACCCGUUAGAUAACAAGCUGAUCGAAGCCGGCAUCCCACGAGGCUCAAUUGGUGGUCUCGACUUUGCUGGCAUUGUCGUGUCAAAAGGCGCAGAUGUGUCUUCAGACAUACGACCUGGAGACCGAGUGUGCGGAGUGGCCUUUGGAUACAACAAUAACGAUGGAGCCACAGGCGCCUUUGCUGAGUAUGUAUUGGCCGAUGAGCACGUGAUCUUUCACAUACCCAGCGGCAUGUCUUUCAAAGAGGCUGCAACAUUGCCCUGCGGCGUUCUCACCGGCGGUUUUGUUCUCAACAUGGAGAUGAAGCUCCAAACCACGCCUCCCAAUGGGGGUCGACAUGUUUUGAUAUACGGCGGCAGCACCGCAUCUGGCCUCUUCCUGACCCAAUUACUGAGACAUUACGGUUUCAUACCGGUAGUCACCUGCUCACCGCAUAACUACGAACUCGUCAAAGCGACAGGAGCCGAAGCGGCCUUUGACUACAAAUCGCCAACAUGCGCCUCCGACAUACGCAAGUUUACUCGGGACCAGCUCGCGUACGCAGCAGACUGCAUCAUCACGGCAGACACCAUGAGAAUCUGCUACGACGCUCUGGGUGCGGCGGGGGGGCGCUACGUCGCGCUCGACAGGUUCCCGGUAGCGGGCCAUUCGCGGCGGUCGGUCCGACCCUCCUGGGUCUUUGCAAUGAAGGCAUUCGGAUCCGCUAUUGACUGGGUCGCCCCGUACGAAUUCGAGCCCUCCCCGGCCCACCGCGACUAUGCAGGGACUUGGACCAGGGAGGUUGCCGGGCUGGUGAGGGAUGGGGUGGUCAAGCCGCUUCCGUAUCGUAUCAUUGGCGAAACUCUCCACGACAUUGACAAAGGCUUGGGAGAGCUGAGAGCUGGUCGGGUUUCAGGCACGAAACUCAUAUGUCUUGUUGACAAGUCCAUGCUUGAAGGAUAAGCAAUAGUGACUAAGGCGUUAGUGCUGCAACCAAUAACAUCUUAGCUUUCAGUCUAUAGUCUAUACGUAACGCAG